AUGUUUUUCAACAGCAUAUCACUAUAUUCAAUAUCUUUUAUUGGUAUUAUAUUAAUUAUUAUUGUUUUAAGUCUUUCAAAUACCCGGGUUAUGUUUGCAAAUCAAUUACAUACUAAACGAAAGAAACGUUAUUCAAUAAAUAAUGAUACAAAUGAUUUGAAAAAUUCAUAUAUGACAAUUCAAAUGAAUCCAUUUUCAAAUUUAGAUAGCAUAAAAUACAUUCGAAAUGGAAUACCAAUACCAUUAGAAGAUGAUGAAGAAUUAAUGAAAUCCGAAAUCUCAUUAAAAUUUUAUGAAAAUGAUGCAAUUGAAUUACGUUUAGAACAAGAUUUCGAUUCUGACAACGAUACAAAUGAUGAAAAUGACAAUUAA